AUGAAUUCGGAAGAGAUUCGAGGGGGUUCGGAACUUUCACAAAAAACAUAUGAGAAUGAGAGGCACAGGAAUAGCAACUCUAGGAAUGCUAUGAAGCCGCCAAGACCUCCGAAAGGUCCAUUACUCGAUGCUGCUGAUCAGAAGUUGGUUAGGGAGAUUGUUGAGCUUGCUAGGAGAAAGCGUGCGAGAAUUGAACAGAUUAAGGCGGCAAAGAAGACGAAAGCAACCAAGUCAUCAUCUGUGCAAAGUGGCAUAUCUGCCAUGAUCUUCACGCUACUGUUAUUCUGUGUCAUUAUAUUUCAAGGGAUCAGCUCCACAACUGUUCCAAAUAUCAAAACACAACGGUCUCCAGAGCCAGCAGUUGCAACAGCUAGAGAAGUAACUCUUCUUCAUUACCCGCAAAGCACCAUACUUCAUUCUAGCUUUGAAAACUCUGCCAAAAAUCAGAAUCCUCGUUCAAAUCCGACAGAAAAUGAGUUGAAGAUGUAGGAGCUGGUUGAUCUACUGUCG